UAAUUGAAUCGCGCAUCUGAUUCCACCCCGUCUCGAUUACCACCGCCUUCGCGUCCCUUUAUUCCCGUUCCUCCUCCCUUCCUUCGAUCAUCGACGACAAGCUUUCUAGGGUUUCUCAGUUGGAUCGGCGGAUCGGAGAUGAAGAUCACCGCCCUCCUCGUGCUGAGAACCACCGGCGCCGGCGACUCCUCCUCCUCCGGGUCGUCGGAUCCGGUGGUCCUUGCCAACGCCUCGGACGUGAGCCACUUCGGCUUCUUCCAGAGGACGGCCGCCAAGGAGUUCAUCCUCUUCGUCGGCCGCACCGUUGCCAAUCGCACUUCCCCUGGCCAGCGUCAGUCCGUCCAGCACGAAGAGUACAAGGUGCAUUCUUACAAUCGAAAUGGUCUUUGUGCUGUGGCAUUUAUGGACGAUCAUUAUCCAGUCCGAAGUGCAUUUUCUCUCUUAAACAAGGUACUAGAUGAAUAUCAGAAGGCUUUUGGGGAAUCUUGGAGAGUCCAACAGACAGAUUCUACUCAACCAUGGCCAUAUCUAACUGAAGCUUUGACAAAAUUUCAGGACCCUGCAGAAGCUGACAAGUUGUUGAAAAUACAGAAGGAGCUGGAUGAAACUAAGAUUAUUCUACAUAAGACUAUUGAUAGUGUGCUCGCACGAGGAGAGAGAUUGGAUAGCCUAGUUGAGAAGAGUUCAGAUCUGAGUGCAGCAUCACAGAUGUUCUACAAGCAAGCCAAGAAAACCAACCAAUGCUGUACCAUGCUGUGAAACCGCCUCGAACUCUUGUCAUUACCAUAACAAUCGUGAUCCGUGGUGUAAGCUCUGCCUAUUUGGAUACGUAGAUAUGGUUUAUGUACCCCUGUUGUCAUCAUUCCUUGUGAUUGCUGAAUACCCUCCCUUGCUGUACUCUUUCUUCUCUGCUAAUAAUUACAUUGAUGUGGUUGUGGCACAAAGUAACCAUGGUAUUUUUCAUCCAUGUCCGGAGACUGCAUCCAUUUCCUCUUCA